AAUCGUUGAUGUGAUCCAUCAAUUACGUAUUUUCUCAUUACAUCUCCAUUAAAUGAGUUGUUUCACAUUACUUCGUUACAAAAGUUCUUCGAUUCUUUAAUAUAUUGUUAAUAUUUUUGUAUAAUUUUUUUGUUAAAAUUUCAAGAAAGUUUUUUUGUGUAAAUAUUUUCUAAUAAUUAAUAUUUUUACAUUUUCUAAAGUAAAACUAUUAAAAUGCCGGUAUUUCAUACAAAAACUAUAGAAAGUAUUCUCGAACCUGUCGCACAGCAGGUUUCGAGACUUGUUAUCUUACAUGAAGAAGCUGAAGAUGGAAAUGCAAUGCCUGAUUUAGGAAAACCUGUACAAGCUGUUAGUAUGGCAGUAGCAAAUCUUGUUAAGGUAGGAAAAGAAACAAUUAAUUCUUCUGAUGAUGCCUUGCUUAAACAAGAUAUGCCUGCUGCAUUACAACGUGUUGAAGGAGCUUCACGUCUUUUAGAAGAAGCAUCAGCUAUGUUAAAACAAGAUCCUUAUUCUGGACCAGCUAGAAAAAAACUUAUAGAAGGUUCACGUGGUAUUCUUCAAGGAACUAGUUCCUUAUUACUAUGUUUUGAUGAAAGUGAAGUACGUAAAAUUAUUAGAGAAUGUAAAAGAGUAUUAGAUUAUUUGGCAGUAACCGAAGUUAUUGAAACAAUGGAAGAUUUAGUUCAUUUUCUUAAAAAUUUAAGUCCUUGCCUCAGUAAAGUAUCAAAAGAAGUAAGUGCUCGAGAAAAAGAGUUAACUCAUCAAGUGCAUAGAGAAAUUUUAGUACGUUGCUUAGAACAGGUAAAAACACUUGCACCAAUUCUCAUCUGCUCCAUGAAAAUAUUUAUUCACAUUAUCUCUCAAGGCGGUAAAGGGGCAGAAGAAGCAGCUGAAAAUCGUAAUUAUUUAUCAGGUAGAAUGUCAGAUGAAUUAAAUGAAAUUAUUAGGGUAUUACAACUUACAACAUAUGAUGAAGAAGAAUGGGAUGCUGACCAAUUAACAGUGUUAAAAAAAGCACAAAGUGCUAUAGAGUCUAGAAUAAGAGCUGCUUAUGAUUGGUUAGAUGAUGGACUUGCAUUGCGUGGUGGAUUAGGAGAAAAGAGUCUUCGUCAAAUAGUUGAACAAGCACAACGAUUAGCAGAAAGAUAUCUUCCGCCAUCACAAGCAGAAUCAUUACAAAAAUUAACUUCACAAAUUGUCACUAUGACCAAUGCUCUUUGUGAAUUAAGACAAAAUGAGAAGGGAACUACACCACAAGCAGAAGCUUUAGCACGUAGUAUAAAAGAAAAAAUAAAUGAGCUUCGUAGCUCUAUUGCUUCUGCCAUAAUUGCUGCUGAUAAAUCUGGAACCACACAGACUGCUCAUACAGUUGCAGGUCGUUUAGAACAAGCAAAUAAAUGGCUUCUUAAUCCUCAACAUGAUGAUAAAGGACUUGGUCAAAGAGCAAUAGCAUUAAUUAUACAUGAAGGAAAAAAGAAUCAACAACAUAUAGCAAGUGUUGCUGAGGGUUUACCAGGAAUACAUAAAGCAGAAAUUUUACAACUCUGUGAUGAAGUUGAUAAUCUCUCUCAUCAACUUGGUGAUUUAUGUGCUCAUGGUCAAGGAAAUACUCCUCGUGCUCAAGAAAUCGCUCGUCAAUUGUCACAUAAGCUAUAUGAGCUAAAGAACAGAAUACAGCAAGCUGUUGUAUCUAGAGUAGUUGAAGAUUUCAUUGAUAUAACGACGCCUCUGAAACAAUUUACAGAUGCUGUAUUGACUCCAGAAGGUUCUUUAGGCCGAGAUCAAAAUUUUAAUGAUAAGACUCAUGCUCUUCAAACAUUUUCUAAUAGAGCAACAAAAACAGCUAAAAUGGUGGCUGCUGGUGGAAGUGGAGGCAAUAAAAAAUUGGCAGAAGCAUUAACUACAAGUGCUUCACAAGUUGAAUCUUUAACACCACAAUUAAUUAAUGCUGGACGUAUUCGAAUGACUUAUCCUGAUAGUAAAGCAGCUGAUGAACAUUUUGAAAAUUUGCGACAGCAAUAUGCAGAUACAAUGCAAAGAGUUCGAGCACUAUGUGAUGAAGCAACUGAUAGUGGAGAUUUCAUUAGAACUUCAGAAGAACAGAUGCAAAAGCAUUCGUUUUUAUGUGAAGAAGCUAUUGCAAAAAGUCAUCCACAAAAAAUGGUUGACAAUACAGCUGCUAUUGCCAGAUUAGCUAAUAGAGUAAUACUUGUAGCGAAACAAGAAAGUGACAAUAGUGAAGACACUGCAUUCAUUCAAAGAGUAAACCAGGCUACAGAUAUUCUUCAAAAUAGUGUUGCUCCAAUGGUCCAAGAUGCAAAAUUAGUUGCAAUUAAUAUUAAUGAUAAUAAUGCAGUUUCUCAUUGGAGAGAAAGUAAUCGUACACUUUUAUCUAAUGUUGGACAAGUUCGUAAGGCUAUCGUACUUCAACCAGAUGUAAUAUCUCCGCCAGAAGUAUCGCAAUUACAUCUUAAUGAUGACAAACCAAGCCGUCAAUAUAAUUACUUCAUAGAUAAAGUUGGUGAACCUUUAAGAAAUCAACCAUCGCCAAGCAAUUUAUGUGUCAUCAGCCCUAGUCUAAACACAAAUAAAUCCCAACAUCGCUCUAUCAGUCCAUUACCAAAGUGGGCACGUGAAGGAGAUAACCCUGAUCUCCUAUAUCAAGAACUGGCUUCUGACAUCGAGUUAGAAAAAUCAGUUCACGGCGGAGGCUUUUACGAUUAUGAUAAUGAUGAUGAGGUUGUUCCACCACGUCCUCCUUUGCCUGGUGGAGAUAUUCCACCUCCACGACCUCCGCCACCAGAAACAGAUGAUGAAGAUGAAAUGUUUAUGCAUGCACCGCAACCUAAUCAACCUAUAAUGAUGGCUGCUCAUGGUUUGCAUCAAGAAGUAAGACAAUGGUCGAGCAAGGAUAAUGAAAUUAUCGCUGCUGCGAAAAAAAUGGCUAUUUUAAUGGGCAGAUUAUCAGGCUUAGUUAGAGGAGAAGGUGGUAAUAAAAGAGAUCUGAUUGCAUGUGCUAAGGCUAUUGCAGAAGCUUCUCAGGAAGUUACUCGUCUAGCUAAGGAGUUAGCUAGAGAAUGCACAGAUAAACGUAUUCGUACAAAUCUUCUUCAAGUUUGUGAACGAAUACCUACUAUAGGAACGCAAUUAAAAAUAUUAUCAACAGUGAAAGCUACAAUGUUAGGUGCACAAGAAAUGCUCCCUACCUGGGAAGAGUUGAUGCUUUAUGGCACGGAAGAAGAUCAGGAAGCAACAGAUAUGUUAGUUGGAAAUGCUCAAAAUCUUAUGCAAAGCGUGAAAGAAACUGUUCGUGCAGCAGAAUGUGCUAGUAUAAAAAUACGUACCGCAUCUGGUAUGAAAUUACGGUGGGUGCGACGACAACCUUGGUAUCAAUAUUAAGCAAGCAAUCGCAAUAUAAUGAAAGUGAAUUAUAAAAGUUAGGUAAGAUUUGUUAACAUUACAUUAAAUUUGAUUGAGUUUAAAUUGAUUUAAAAUCUUUUUAUCAAGAAAUAUUCAAUUUUUAUAAAAUUAAUUUUUUUAAAAUUAAUUUAAUUACAUAUGGAAUUCGUAAAAGAAAUCAAAAUUUAUAAAAUUAGUUUAUUCAUAAUUUAAAAAAUGAAUUUUCAGAAAUAAUUAUCAUAUAUUUUUUAAUUAUACAUACAAAAAAAAUACAUAUAUUUAAAAAAUUUUUAAUGAUAUUCAUUUGAAUAUUUCUUAAAAGAUUCAUUAGUUUAUAAUGAUUGUAAUGUAUUGAUCAUUUCUAUAUAUAAGUGCUAAAAUUUAUAGUAAAUAUGCUAGUGAUAUUAAAAAUGAAUUCUUUAAGAGAUAUGUCUCAGUUGUUAAAAAGUAUAAUCGAAAGAUAUUUUCAGAUGAAAUAUUUUAGGGAAUGCUUAAUUAUAACAGUUUCUAAAGCCUAUCUCUCUUAUAUAGUUUUCAACAAGUAAGUAAGAAAGUAAAAUAGAGAUGAUAGAGCUUAUGCCUUAUAUAAAUUACCAAUGUGCUAUAUAUUUUUAUGUAUUUAGUAGUAAAUAUAUUUUGUAUGUGCAUGUAUGCGCGCGCGCGUGUGCGCGCGCACACAUACACACACAUCAAUCUAAAAUCAGCACAAUUAAUAAGAAUAAAAUUUUUAACUAUAGAUAUUAAAAUUAUUGACUAAGAUAAGGUAAUGUAUUUUUGCAAGUAAAAUGCAAAUAUAAUUUUAAUACAUGUUAUUACGUUAACUAAACUACUAUACAUUUAACUGACGCUGUAUCGAAUUUACAAUAUGUCAGUUAUAUAUGGAAAUCCGAAUUCGUUACUUAAAUCGAGAAUGAGUAAGAAUAAAAUAGAAGAACAAAAUAUGAUUGAUUCUCGUUACUUAGAGAAUUCUUGGAAGUAGUUUCAGAAAUGGGAAUAAUUCGGUAUUAGCUAAGCGUGCUAAAACUAUGUUAAUUAAUGCAUUACUCUAUGUGUAAAAAAUCUUACAUACAAUAUUAUAAUGAAGAAAUCUAUUUUUGUAAAUUAUCUACUCAUUCUUUUUAGAGAAUCUAAUCUUAUCUAACUGUUUCCAUAUUUUUAUUUUUUUUUAAACUGGUGCUAUAUAUGUGCAAUAUAAAUAUAAUGAUAUAUUAAAACGUAAUACAAAGUAAGCAAUCAAUUUAAAAACUAGAUCAAAUAAAACCAAACAUAUUUACAUGUAAAAUCAAUUUAAUAUAUAUUUAAACAAAAUUUUAGAUUAGGUAUUAGAUACAGUAAAUAUUUAUAUAAUUAAUAUUACCUAAUUUAUAUCGAAUAUUUGUAAUAUGUAACAUUAAUUUUGGUAAUAUAAAAUAAUUUUAUAUGAAAUUAUUUAUAAUAAAGAUUAAUUUUUAUUAUAUAAACGAAUAUAAAAA